AUGAGGACAGGAUUCAUCCACAGAUUCAUCCACAGCGUCACGAGAACCCAGCUAGAAACAGCCAAAUUCGGCUUCUACCUCCUAUCGCCCAUAUUGGUCAUGUACUACGUCGGCCUCAACACCGAUGAAAAAUUCAACUUGCCGGGUUUCUGGCCUGAUCCGACUACGUUGAACCAGAUCCCGAAGGAGCCACAUGAGAUCCAGGCCGAGGUUGCGCGUAUUAGAAGAGCGCGGGCUGAGAAGAGGGCUAGGUUGGAGGCCAAGGCGCACGAGUUGGGGAUCUCGCAGGAUGAUGAUGAGUGA